GAAAACAUGAAACCUUGCCAAUUUAAAAUAGACCCGAAAGCAAAUUAUAUGUUUUUAGUGUUUAUUCAGGUCGGGUCAAUAAAGUUUGUUCAAAAGACUGGUGGGGCUCUUGGCUGCAGAUCCGGUUUUUACUGGCCUCUCCACAAACACUCAGAUGUAAAUCUGUUCAAAAGCUUGUUCUUUUCACACUCUGCAUUUCCAGCCUCUACUUCUCAUUUUCUGAUAAUGGAUAAUGCCACAGCUGUCAAUCCAAGGCCAACUCUCACCCUGCAGCAGGCAACCGAACUGACGCAGCAACUGUAUGGAGUGACGGUAACUGAGAUCACCACCCUGCCAAGUUAUAGCGACCAGAACUUCCUUGUGGCGGACAAGGAAGGUACCAAGUACGUCCUGAAGAUCCUGAACUCAGUGGAGAGUAAGAACACCACCCUGAUGGAGGUGCAGACUCUCACCAUGUCCUUUCUACGCCAGCAUGGAGUUCCAGCUCAGACCGCCGUGUACACCACCACAGGGCAGCUAAUGAGUAUGGAGGAAAUAGACUGUGGACAUGGUGCUCAAACCUACUGUGUGAGGUUGCUGUCCUAUCUUCCUGGAAAAACCAUUGCAGAAUCGCCAGUGACAACGUGGGAUCUCCAUAAUUUGGGCAAGUUGGCUGCAUCCAUGGAUAAGACACUGCAACAGCUUGUAUCCCCAAACCUUGAUGCCUUACAAAAAGACAGUUCACUUUGGAGUUUGUCCUACAUUCCUCUCAUGGAGGGCUACCUAUCAGUGAUGGAUGGAGAUCCCCUGCAGGAAGUGAUCCAAGCAGUCAUUGAACAGUUUAAAUCACAUGUGCAGCCCAAAAUCAGCUCUUUCCAAAAAGGAAUAAUACAUGGGGACUUAAAUGACCAGAACAUCAUUGUCACACCUGUCGCCAACGGGCAUCAUGAGGUGUCAGGCAUCUUGGAUUUUUCUCUGCUCACAAAUGGAUGCUAUGUGUUUGAAGUGGCAAUAUUAAUCGCGUACUUGAUGCUGGAGAACCCCAGUCCUUUGGAUGUAGGUGGAGCAGUGUUAGCGGGCUGGGAGAGCGUUAUGAUGCUCAAUGAUGAUGAAAGGGAUUCCCUCUUCCUGCUGGUGCUCUGUCGGUUGUGCCAGUCUCUGGUUUAUGGGAGGUACAAUGUCAAAAAAUACCCAGAUAACAAGAAGUAUCUCCUGACUACAGCCAGAAACGGGACUCGUCUUCUUACUAAACUCUGGGAGCUGGGCAAGAAAGAAGUAGAAAGGAAAUGGUUCAUAGAUUCAAGGACAUACUCAGACAGUUAAUGAAUAAAUGUUUCUCAGUGGAUGAGCAUUUGUAUCUUUAACCAGUAGGUAAUGAGGAGGACAAUUUGUUAAGUAUCUUUUAUCUUUUAAAUCAGUUCCCUGUGUAACAGUAAUCUAGAUUGUAUCUCUAAACCUGGGCAGAUCAAGGUUUGAACAAUUCUUACUUUUCAAUUAAACUGGAAUUUCAUCAUAUUUGACUCAAUACUCAGUGAUCAGUGCUGGUUUACAUCCAUGUCUAGCAUGACACUUCCUUUGUCUUUUCAGCUACUGUACCUAUUUAGUUCAUCAGGAAGAUCCCAUCAACAAUUUGACCACUUACCUUCUGGGACAUGGCAGCAGAAAGUCAGAAAGUCAUCAAACACUGCAGACUUGGUGUUAAUUUUUUUUUUUUUUUUGAUGGCCUAUUAACUUUAAUAAUUACAGAUAACUUGACAUUUACUGGCUUAUUAGAAGUGAGCAUCUCAUGAACACUCAUUAAUUAUUAUCAAUGUUUAUUUC